AUGAGGUUUUUGUGGACUUGUCUUAGAAGGAGACGGCCGGGAGCAUUUGACACGUGGUCCUUUUUAUUCGGUAUAGUGAUUUCAAGUCUACCUUUCAUGGGCUAUAUCUUGUUUGGCCCUCAUUGUACAUGUUCGUCUGUCCCUGCUAACUUGUUUACUACAAAACAAAUACUAGAUUUAGUGGCAUCAGUAUCAAAAGAGUUAUCUUCGUUACCAACAUGCCCGUACAAUCCAAGCUUCCUGAUUCGUGGGACGAUCGCAAGGUAUUCUGGCUGGUCGCGUAUCAACGAAUCACUAGUUUUUCCAAGAGACGACACAGACAUGUUGAGUAGAGGCAGCCCCUGGCAUUGGUUCCAGCCCAGUCCCCUUGCGGACAGGAAAAAAGUCAGUGUGGUUGUGAAUAAGCUGUUGACUACCUUUCAGUCAAGGUAUGAAGUAGAUUUAUUCUUUAUAGCAGUGACCCUUCUCAUGAAUCAGAUGAAUGAUGAGAGGACAGCAAUGAGUGUUCCCUUCAAAAUUUGAAGGAAGCUCGGACCGGCGUCUUGCAGUAUAGAAAGCACCACUGACUGCCGCUGUUAGUCCUAUUGUAACCUACCUAGCUAAGCUAUAGAGACCCUUACAUUUCAUGGAGGUGGGGGGUCCCAGGUAGAUGAGGUAACCCGCCUGUCCAUAUGAUCUCUCAUUUUAAUUUGAUCACGCUUACAUGAUAGGUGGGGUGACCCGCCACAUGUUACCUUACCUAUCUUGGGUCCUCCACCUCCAUAUAAACAGGCCCUACGUCGAGGACGACUACGAGAAUAAGAUUUUCUCAAUACUAAAUAGUGGGCACGCGUGAAUCAGCGUCAUUUGGAGCGGGGAAACGUGCAAUGGGUUUAUUGAGGCCCUUUUGGGUCAAAUUCCAACAAGCGACAUGUAGACCUUGAAACAGGGAUAUAGGACAGCAGAAAUGGCGUCAAACGGCAGAUAAUUGGUUGAAACUGCGACAGCAACAGAGAAAAGCCCAAAUACAAUAGUAUACUAGCUGACAGCGACAUGGCUUCGCGAUCCUCUCCUUAAUACGCGUCUUGCUUAGGGGUGUAAAUUGCAGAUUUUGGCCCCACUUUGGGACGGAAAGUCACUAUAUUUGCCCAUUUAGGUAUGAAUCGCUUAUGGUUGUGCGUAAAGAAAUUUACAAAAAUUGCCGCGAUGUCUGUUUAAGUAUGGCCUCAUUUAUGGGUCAGUUAAACUUUAGCCCCAGCAACAUUGGUCUCCCUCAGGGGUUUAAUUUUAAUUUUCCCUCAUGCAUCUCCGUCACUUUUACAUGGGCGCCCUCUCCCUCCCCCUCCAGGGUGCCAGAUGACAGGUUUAGAGAUCUCGUCUAAACCGUCUCUCCUCUGUUUUCCUUUUUAGGAAGUAUUACGUAAAAGAAGUCUACAAAGUGAUACAAAAAUCAGACCCCGGAAAUGGCGAUCGGUUUUUGUUGGACCUUGAACUUGGUUUAAUGAAUGACCCAUUGAAUCGAUCAAUUCGCUUUGCACAACACGUGUACCAGAGAAAAGGAAGUGAUAUAUUGUGCCUUCCUGAAGGAAUGAACUGGAACAGCAGCGCCACAGUGUAUUUUAUCCUCGCUGUCAAGGAUCAAGGACUAUGGGUGCAUCAUUUCCUCAAACAGCUCACCAUUGCGAGCUUAUUAACCGGUGACACGAACUUUCACGUCAUAAUCGCUGAUUUUCAAAGUAAAGAUAUUAACAUGAGCGAGGCGUUUAGUACAUCGCUGCUCCGAAGUAGGCAUACUAUCAUUAAUUUAACGGGAAAUUUUUACAAGACUCUUGCCUUAAACAAAGCAGCCGAAGCAGUGCCUAAUGCGCAUGACAUACUUUUCGUGUUCGACCUUCACAUAGAUGUACCCGUAGACAUCAUGGACAGCGUUCGAAAGGUUAUGAUAAAUUAUCGUUCUAUUCAUUAAACUAGACUGUUCAAAGUACCCUAUUUUUUUUUUGUAAGAUCGCCAGGAUCUAGCGCUCACCAGUACGGGCGGUACCGGUGAUUGGGGGCUCCUGUCAUUGGUUAAAAGUCUACACUCAGUUAACUUUGGAAAUCAGCGCAACCUAAAGAUUAGUUAUCUGAUAGCAGAUUAACUAAUCUGUAGGUUGCUUGCGUAAUACAUGAUUUCCAAAAAAAGUGUCAAACUGUGUUCCGUGCGACCGUGUGUUUGUCGUUAUUUUGUUCUAAGACCUCUUCUAGUUAAAAAAAGUGUUAAAGAAUUCAUCUUUCUAACUACCGAAAUGACGAUUUGAGUCACUCUGCUGCGCCAAAUCGCCUGUUUUCUUUAUUAUUAUGCUGCUUUCUUGGCACGUUCAUGCCUGAUUGGCUCACCUCAGUGGCUCAUUGAUAUGCAUAAAUGUCCGACCAUUCGGCUUCCGAUGAUAAAACAUUGGGCCUUUGUGAUAUCUGGAAUAAUCAAGUUCGAGGCAGGUGAUAUCAUCUGAGACUCGCCUUCAGCUGAUUAGACACUAACCUCGACCUUGAUUAUUCCGCAGAAACCUCAUCCGAUAAUUAUAUAAAUUAUUCAUAAUUAUUUGACUCCCCUUUUCCUUCAUGAAUCGUAAGUAAACUAGAACUAUAAAAAUCAGCCACAAAACUAAUGCGUAGUGAAAGAUCACGUUUUUUACUGCACUGAGAAACGGAGAAAGGCUUCUGAUAAAAAGCAAAAUUAAAACUAUGGAAUCAAUAUCUCUGAUCUCUCCUUUUCCGUAGAACACCAUUGCUGGUCGUAUGGUUUAUUGUCCAGCGGUCGGCCGCCUGGAUCAAGGAAGUAAUUCCGUGGAACAUCGAGGUUUCUGGCAAAUGGAUGGGUAUGGACUAGUGGCGAUGUAUAAAUCAGAUUGGAUAAGAGUUGGAGGUAAGAGUAAAAUGAUUUAACCUUUGCCGAAACUAGGGUAAAGCAUUUUCCUACACCAGAAUUAAGUUCAGUUUAGGGCGAGAAGAGGCAUUCGCGGCCUUAGAAACAAGAAGAAACUGGGCCGAGUUAACUUUCGCAAAGACAUCUGGGACUGUUACAGCGGAGAGAAAUUGGCCAAUAGCUGACUGGCGUGUCCAUAGUAACAAUCCCAGAAACAAUUGCGGGACGCUUUGGGUCCAGUCCCCUUCUCGUUCCAAGGUGGCGAAUGUGCUCUAGGGGGUUGCCAUCCAAAGGCAGGAGGAAGGGGACGGGGGAAACGAACUAGAGGGAGGGUUAGGUCGUACUGCGUCAUAAAGGUUCUGAUCAAACCUGGACGAUGUUGGAGGCUGAAGAUUUUUCCACCUCUAGGGCCUCUUUUUGUCUCGCUUUUGCGCUCAACUGAAAAUAACAAUUACGAAUUAUGGAAUAUCGAUUUCAUGAAAAGAUAACGCGCCAGUCUACUGGACGCAUCUGUCCUGUUUCCGUGUCACGCCUCAUUUUUUUUUCUUGUUUUUACUUCGCAUUUACGCUUAACUAGGAAUGAACACUAACGACUACACCGACAAGUGGGGAGGAGAAGACUGGGAUCUACUCGACCGCGUUUUAAUGGCGUCGCUUGAAGUAGAGCGAAUCAAGUACCCAGGUCUCUAUCAUCACUACCACCCCAAACAAAAACAGUGGAAUUAG